GAGGUGGAUAUAUCACGAAAAAUUGCUGUAAACGUGUCCGUUCCUUGACUGCAUGACUGACUGUUCCUAUGUGCAAACCGGUAAUAAUUUCCAGACUUGUUCUUAAUUUAACGUUAACUGGUUUUUGCUUUAAACGGAAAGGAAGGGAUAUUUCCUCUUUGAUAGAACCAAUUGAAUGAUCAUCCUAUUUGUCACUCGCUAUCAACGACUUUUGGAGCGUUCUUUGGUUGACAUCUCCGCCGCAUCUCCGAGACUCCGAGACCGAUCCGAGUCGUCCGACUCCGUUUCACUGCAGACGCAAGUGGCACUACGGUGGUACCGGUACUGACAGUUAGUGUGUUAGCUGCUGCUUCGCUUCGCUUCUGCACUGGCGCAGACCUGGCUUCGCUUGUCGUAUUUCAUGUGUUGGCUUCUUAUCUUUGCUGUGACUGACACUGGACUGGUCGACGGUCUCUGACUCUGAGUCUUCCCGAAGCCAGAAGGAAAACGAACGAGACAGAAAUUUUCCUUUUUUUGAGGUUCCAGUUUGUGCAUCGAUGUCAGGAAAGCUGUGUCACGAACUCACGAUAGACCUUCAUUUAAUCGAGAUUUCCUCAAUAUCCUGUUGAUCUAAAGAUAAGUAGAACUAGUUACUGCUGAAUUUUACCGGUAGUUCCUAAUCCAAGGCUAAGAUCUUCACUGGAUCAACAAGAAUCGGUAGAAGUUUCUGCCGUUGCUGGUCAGUCGACAUCCAGCAGAUGUGAUGAGUUCUGUUCAUGGGUUUCGGAGUAAACCCAAACAUGACCGAAGCAAGUACAUGCCUGUGUCUGGUCAGGUCCAGAAUGUGCAGAAUUCGACGGUGUACGUCUUCGGAGAGUCGGCAAUCACAGAAGACGAGAUCAACGCAGACAAUGAUGUCCAGAUGUCAGAGCUUCGGACACGAGGUGGUGGUGGUGGUAAGAGGAAGAAAAAGACUAAACACACAGAGGAUGAGAUGGUGUACAUGGAAAAGGACAUCAAUGAAGGAGAUACUUUACAGACAUUUUCUCUUCGUUAUGCAUGCAGGGUUUCAGAGUUGAAGCGUAUCAAUAACUUGAUAGCUGAUCAGGAUUUCCAUGCCAGAAGAACUCUCAAAGUGCCAAUGCGUCGGGAUGGAAUUCUCUUGGAGAUUGAAGAUGAUGUAAAAUCCCAAGCAGCCAAGUCAUUGCGUAAAGUUAAUCAUGCUAAACCGCAUCUAUUAAACGGUCACAGACAUUCAGAUGAAAGCGAUCAUUUAAAUAGUGACUCCGAUGACAGCCAGACAGAGUUCAUCCGGACUAUCAGUAUACCAGGGUCCUUGGAUGGUGAAAACAGGGCAGCGCAACAGUUCUUUGACAAAAUGGAUAAAGAUUUACAUAAUAUCUUGGAGAAAACAAGAACUAACAAAGAUACUCUUCAAGAAGUCACAUCAGUUCUGAAAGAAACUCGGUUUCGUCCACUCCGCUUCCCCAAGGCAAAGUCUGACUGCCCUAAUGAUGGAGCUACAUUGGGUUGCACCACAAGAAACAUAGUCAUUGCACUUGUUGUUGUUAUGGUUAUUGGACCAUUAUUAUUAGGAUAUGCAAUUUCCCAAGGAAUUUGGAAUAAGAAAUUGAUACCAUGAUUUUAUCUUAACAUAGUGGUAAUUCUGUUGUGCGAUCAUGUUUUGCCUGUUUUACAACUGCAUGCAUACCCUACAUCUCUUUUAACUUUGAUUCUUACUGCAUCCUUUUUUUUUUAUACUUGUGACAUAAAGCUUGCAAUCAAUUGUAGAGACAAUUUUUGUGAUCGAUCAUACACAAUAAUCAAUCGUAGAAAUCAGCCCGACGAUCAAUCGCGAAGCUGUAUUUUACAGGGUCUAGUUCACAAUUUAUAUGGUGUGCAAAGUAAGAGAUGAUAUGAUUACACUCUGUACGUACUGCAAAUUGAUUCUGAAAUACUGCAGAGUAUUUCUGUAUUAUGUAAUUAUUUCAGUUAUUCCUUCCCAACUUUAACUGCCUUUGGGUUCAUGCUGAACAUGUACGCUACAUGAAAAUUUACAUGUAGUGUAGGGCCAGUACAGUUCAGGUAUGAGAGUAAGUGUAUGGGGGGGCAAUUAUUCUGUGUGAUAUGAUCAUAAUAUUAGUAUCAUAAGAUCCUAGGCCUAGUAAGAUCAAACUUCAUAUUGCGAUCUGCAUAAAAUCUUAAAAUUGUGCAAUAUUUAAUGAAACAGAAUGAAAUUUUAAAAAAUAGAAAAAUUUCUGUAGAUCACAUUUAGAAUGAAAAUUAUUUUAAAAUUAUUUCAUCUUGUUUUCAUCAAAAUUUAUUUUUUUUAUACUAGUUGAUUAUAAAUUGCACGUAAUUGUUCAGUUAUUUAUUCAUUGGGGGGGGGGGGUUGACUGUGGGGUGGUUGGAAUUUAUAAACUGAAAAAAAUAAGAUGUUUUGAUAAAAAUGUCUUUUGUGAAGUGAUGUUUCACUCACUGUUUUAACACUGAUAAUUUAUGUUUGUUUGGAAAUACAAGGAGUUCAUUUGAAAUUUUAGCACAAUCUAUAAAAAAAAUCUGUUCAUGACCAACCAAAGGACCCUGUAGCAAUCAGAGAAUUGAAGGGAUAGAAUUUACAUGUACCUUAGUCUGCAAGCUCAGACUCAAAUUUGACAUUUAAACUGAUUAAACCUAUGUCUAGAGUGAAGACUAGGCUCCAAACUAUGUGUCUGUGUCAGACUUGUCUGUGUUAGUUGCAGCCACAGUACAUAGUAAAUCUAGUCUCACUACUUCAGACUCUGCGUUAUUCACUAUGCGAAUUGCAAAAACCAAAGGUCUGUGCCUGCAGACUACAUGUACCUGGGGGCACAUGUUGGAAGGGGCAUGAUUUCUUUGGUUCACCCCUGGAAUGUUUUGUCAUAGAUGAAUUAUUCACUGUAGUACUGUACAAUGUCAUUGUAUCUAAGGCAUGUUUGUUGCAAGUUUUAUGUGUGCUUUAAAAAAAACACUUCUUUAGUAAACUAGUACAAUGUAGAUCAAGGAUUUAAGAUUGUACUUUGCUGGAUGAGGAAACAUUAUCAUUGAUAUUGAUUGUUUAAGAAAUAUUUUGUAAACAUGAUGUGUGCAGUCAUGAGAAGUGAAAGUAUUUUAAUAAUACACAGCCUUAUUCACUGUCUUCCUAUACCUUUAAUUGAGAUCUUUAAAUCUUAAAGACAUUCAGAUUUCAGUCUAAAUUCCAUUAGCUUGUUGUAUAUUGUCUUGUGAUGUCUGUGGACAAGGUCUGUCCAUCCAUGAAUGUUGCAUUAUAUGGCCUUCUGCAAUUUUUGUUCUUCAAAUGAACAAGAGAAUACUUCAUGGAGCAACUUGUCAGUGAUUUUAAUUGUUAAUUUGUCCUCAGCCAUAUCUGAUACCAAGAAUUCAGUAGCUAAUAAUAAUUGGUUCUGAUGAUUACUGAUAAAUUGUGAUGUUUCCUGUGCCCUGUAAAGCAAGUAUUUGGAUAAAAGCACAUAAUCAAGAUCAUUGUUGGAAACUUCAACUUACCCAUUAAAAUAAGCAAUAAAAAGUUUGAAAUUUGAAUUUAAAUAAUCACACAUAUUGUAUUGGUUAGCCUGGUACUUUGGUAGUGGCUAUAUGAAAAGCAGUAUAUGAUUUACCUUUCUGUGAAAUAUCCUCAGCGCCCAGCUGUUAUAAUUAUAAUAUGAUGAAAGAAUUAAGAAGUAGAUAUUGUCCAAUAACAUCAAUUAUCUUCCGAAUUUCUAGGUUAAAAAUAGUUGUUGAAUUCAGAAUUACCAUUCUCUUCUUCUGAGCACGAGAGGGACAAAUAUCCACUUCCGAGUGUUAUGUGAAAGGUACCAUAUACGGGUACGUGUAUGUAUACAUGUAGCUCCAUCAGCACAACAUACUUGUAAGGCUACUCCAGUCAUUGUGAAUCCUGUCUGACUGUCAUGUAAUUCUCAAAAAUACCAGCAAAUGAUUCUUCUUUGCUGUUUUUUUUUCUUACUGAACACAUGUUUUAUGAAACUUAAACCUUUUGAAAAUAAUCAUUAACCCAUUUUAUUUCUGUUUGCUGCAUGUUUAUAUAUCAAUAUGAUUCUUACGUAAUUGCUUGAUAAUGUUUUGAACUUUGACCCUUAUAGUGAGCCAGCAGAAUGCAGAAACAAUUGUUUUGUAAAGUGGGCGAUUCAACAAAAGAUGACCCUUUGAAGAGUACAAGUUAGUGCACUUAUUGUACAUUGUACAUUGACACUCCUUCACCCCUUCAAAAGUCAUUUGUAGUCCCACUCUUCACUUUUUGUUUUGUGCACAAGACUUUUCUUCACAAUAAUCAGAAUACCUGUAUUUGACUGACUGCCUCACUUGUAGACAAACAAAUUACACAUACCGGCACUUGUAAUAUCUUUAUUGAGGUAAGAGAUAAUCAACCAUUUUCCCUUUCAUUCUUCAAUUAAUGAAUUAAUGCAAGUCCCCCACCACCUCUCAAAGUAGAACAUACCAUGUAAUAAGAAAUUAAAAACAAGAAUCGAGGUUAGGAAUAAAAGAAGGGUACAAUGAGCUUUAUGAUGUAGAAUCCAUAGACGAAGUCUAAAACAGAGUUAUGCAUUACAGUGCAUGGUGGUAGUGUGAUAACUGCUUGAAAUAUGAUAUUUUUAUGUACUACCUAACAGGUUAACAAAGAGCUGGUGCCAGCAAUAUCCAUAGGAGGUAUGUGAACUUAUCUUUUGGCAGAAAUCAUCUAUUCCUUAACAGGUCACAUGACAUUUCUGGUGUUGUCUCAACCAACUUCGUCCAUUAAAAGCAAAUCAGUGAAAAUACAAAAACAGAUAAUCACUUGAAAUGGUAGGUUAGUUGGCUACAUUACUGACAAGAAAAGCUCAUCAUUUUUUUAAAGGGGUAGUUUAUGGGUACCCUAAAAAAUUUUGUUUUUUUAAUAUAAUCGAUUUUUUUUUUGAAAACUAAGGGUGAAUAUUGUAUGAAAAGCCGUCAUAGAAUAGCACAGGGACCUAGGGUUAUUAUUUUUUAUGUUUUGAUUUCGUCAUGUCACAGACGAGCAGCCCCUCCAUAUAAGAUGUAUUUAUUUUGAUGUUAUUUUCUAUUAAAAAAAAUAUGGGAAGUGAUUUUAUUUGUUAGACAUAUCUUCAGACACAUUUCCUUUCAUUAGAAAAAAAUAUGUUUAUCAUGUUCCACUAUUAAGCAAAUAGAAUAUGAUAUAUGAGAGAGCUGCUUGGGUAUGAGAUCGCAAAUUAAGUAUUCUUUAAUGGAUUUUCAUCAAACCUUCACUAAUGUUUUUUUUUUCAAUUUGUUUUAUUUUUUUUCUUUGCUUUAUUGAAACCAACUCAUCAGGGUGAACAUUUGAUUGCAUUCAAACUUCCCAAGUAAAAUUUGCACAUAUGUCUGAUGAAUUUGUCAUUAAAUUUAACACAAAGAAAAUGAAAUAAAAAAAAAAUCAUGAGAACAGUUUUGACUUAGGCAAAGUUACUUUUGAAUCGACUACAUUUAGAUUUCACAGUCCUCUCCAAAUGAUUUGUAACUUUGUAGUCUUUACCAAAGGACACUGAUUCAUUGAUUUAAUUUUACCAUGCUACAACUGAGAAAGCCUGUCUCCUAUUAGUAUCAACCUUUUCAUGUUUAAUCACUUCAAGUAAAAUUGAGCAAAAGUCAAAGCAAAAUAUGAUUUUUGUACUUGGAGAUAUGAAGGUUGAUCUGUUGGCCUUUGUUGAUUUGGGGCAAAUAAUACAGGUAGCCAGAUGCUCUUGUUAUGUUAAUGGAUAAAUUGAAUAUAUGUGGUUAGAUAUAUGAGAGACACCAGGCUGUAUUGAAUGUAACAGCUGGUGUUUUCAUGUAAAUGCAUAGUGUAUUUUCUGUCAUGAUCAGUGACUAAAUAUGACAGGAAAAUAAUUAUGUAAUAUGCAUGCAGGGAAUUGUGUCUUUUUUUACAGACAAGAUAAUUUUAACGAUAAUCAGAUUUAUAAAGUGUUUAAGAUAAAAGUUUCACCUUUACAGCAUGUAAUUCAUCGGAACAUGAUGUAGCUUUCCAGUUUUAAUAUUUUUUCUUCUGUAUUUUCAAUUCCAUAUAAAUGAAUGUGUCAUGCUGAAUGCUUUUAGUUUGGGUAAAAUAAGAUGUAAAUCAUAUUAUAUCAAAUGUAAAAUAGAUAUAGUGCAUUAUUUUUAUAUCUUGCUUUUAUUUACUUUGAAGCUUGCAUAAUAUAUAUUAAGUCCCUUCAUUUGAUUGCAGUACUUACUAAUUACUUACUAAUAAAAAUAAUCAUGUGAAAAACUAUGAUCCAACUGUCACCUGCACCCAAUUUAUGCCUUUUAAAUGAUAGGAAUUGGUUAAAAAGGAAUUAAGACUGAUUUUAGUCCAGAUUAUGAGUAUUUUACAUAAAUACCUACAUUGUAAAUGCCAUGAAAUUUGAACAGGUAAACCAUUUGAUGCACUUUUGUCCAUGUAUGUCCUCAUUAUUACUGUUCUUAAUUUUUAAGUGAAGUAAUAAUAGUGUUAUAAUAUGAAGUAUAUGUAUGGAUUAUGGAAUGCAGGGUAUGCCACAUGUUAUUUCUUACUUCAUGCUGAAGAAACAAACAAUGAAUACACAUACUUUGUAACAAAUUAUUUUAUUUUGGGGUAUUUACAAUAUUUUUUGUCUCAGAUUCCACAUAAUUAUAUGCGAGAAACUUAGUACAAUGUAUACAUGUAGUAUAAGCCAUGUCGAUCAUUAAUGUUGCCUUGUUUUAGUAGGAAUUAUGUUACUGUACACAAAGGUUUAAUAGCGAUUGAUCGUAAAUAUACUUGAUUUUCACGAUUGUUUUACAUUGUGGUCAAUGCAAUCAAUUGUAAAGAUAUUCUUCUACGAUGUUUGCUAGGCUUUGUUACAGGCUCCUGCAUUGAUGAAAGUAAUGAAUUUAAAUUUCAUUAUGCAAUACAUAUAUGUCAAUCUACUUUCUACAAACAUAUUGCCCUGUUCAUUGGACUGUGGUGUGUGCACCAUCUCCACUCCUUGGGGAGCAUUCCUUCCAUAUCUACCAUUCACAUGUAUGUCAGUGGCAAAGACUUGCUUAUUGUUUUAUGGCAAUCCCUGCAGGUAUGUAAUUGCUCCUGGGUAAAGGGUGGCAAAAUUUAGAUUAAUGUCCUGCCAAAGAAUAGUAGUGCAGAUGUAGCUUUAGAAUCUUGGAUCAUGGGCUUAAAGCAGACUUGUCCAAAUCCUCUGCAUGAAGACAUACAUCCUGCUUUUGUAUAUUUUGGUUUCAAAUUUCUUAUUGUAUUUUUCUUUUCUUUUGAUUCCUUCCCCUUGCGUGCUGUUUGGCUGGCAAAAAUAGAGAAUAAAUAACAAAAGUAAAUUGGGGAGCAAACUAACAAAGACAGCCUAAAAUAGAGAAGACUCAAUUUUUUUUCCUUUUAAUCGUGUGUUAAGAUCAUCCUAUGUUCUGUACAUUGGGAUGGGUAUAAUAUACCCAUAUAUAUUGAUUCAUUAUAUCAAAACAACUUGGAUAUAAACUCAUGACCUCAACUGCUGUGUGCUGUAGACAGGUGUCCGCAUUAGUUGGCUCACAAAAAAAAAAACACUUUUCCUACCAUUUGCCACUAUACUCCCUUGGGUGCAACAAACUCUUGUUCAAAGAUUCAAAGUCAUUUUGCAGACAUAAGGUGGUGUUAAACAGUUAUAAGAUGAAAAGGACAUAUUUUUUACAAAUUAGAUGUUAUCACUCCAACAUGAUAAAAAACAGGGCCUAUUUUCAGGAUGUUCAUGAUCUUCAUUAUUUUUGCUGUUGUACAGAUGAAGCUUGUUUCCAUGAAUGUGGGCCUAGACUGUUAAAGACAAGGUAUUAGCAAUCAAAUAUAUGAAAUAAUUGUUUUGCCUUUGAUAUGUAUGUAUUGUGUCAUCCCUAUUAUGUGGACAUUGAUGUACAGCAAAUUCUGUGCCUGUCUCAUUGUAAUUGCUUGAUUUUACAUUAAGCAAUUUUUUUUUCACUUUCGUUCUCUAUUUUUGGAACCCCUUCACUUCCUCCCCCACUUUGUAACCCUCUCUAAUACCCCUCUCACUCUGAUUCACUGUCUCUCCUUUCUCUUCUCUUUUCUCUGUUAUUUAAAUCACAGGAAUGAAGAGGUCAGUGCAUUUUGUUGUGAUGGAAAUGCAAGUUUGCCAUAUGUAUAUUUUAUUCCCUAUAGCCUGUAAUGUUUCUUAUCUAAACUCUUUUUAAUCUUAGUUAACAUAUGCCAAUCAGUAGAUCAAGUUGUAAUAUAGCAUGUCAUUUUUUGUCCACUAUCUUCUUGUAAUAUAAAAGUGAAUCCUUGUAUUCCAAAGAGAUUAUAUAUUAUUAAAUCAAUUACGUGACAAGUA